AUGGCGGCGGCGGCGCGGAGCGCGGCGCGGCGGCGGGACACGGCGCGGCGCAUGGCGCGUUUCGCCGCGCUCGCAGGUGGGCGGCCCGGCCCGGCCCGGCCCGGCGCGGCCGCCUUCCAGCGGCAGCUGGAGCAGAAGCUGCGCGCGGGGACGCUGCCCCGCGGCGCCCGCUACCUGGCGCUCGCCGACCCGCCCGGCGCCAAGAGCGGAAAUGGUGGUUCAACACUUCACGUUCUUCAGUGCCUGGAAAACCUGUAUGGUGACAAAUGGACUUCUUUUCUUGUGCUGAUAAUUCAUUCAGGUGGUUACAGCCAACGUUUACCAAGUGCAAGUGCGCUGGGCAAGAUCUUCACAGCUUUGCCCUUAGGGGAUCCUGUGUACCAGAUGCUGGAGCUGAAACUCGCCAUGUACAUCGAUUUCCCCAGGCACAUGGAACCAGGAGUUCUCGUCACUUGUUCCGAUGACAUAGAACUCUACAGCAUCGGGGAAACAGAAACCAUCACCUUUGAUAAACCUGGCUUUACUGCUUUAGCUCAUCCUUCAGAUUUGGCAAUAGGGACCACUCACGGAGUGUUUGUUUUGGAUCAAGCCGGUUGCUCAGGAAAAGGAGGACUUGAAUACASAUCUUGCCAUCGCUUCCUGCACAAGCCCGACGUGCAGACGAUGCGYCAGUGUGGAGCAGUCUGCCCACGACAGAGCUGUCCCCAGCCAGGCUCCUCUGGAGACCUCAGUGCCUCUGAAGUGGACUCGGAGUGCGUGUAUACAGACAGUGUGUUUUACAUUCAUCAUAGCACUGCAAAACUACUCCUGGCAUUUUAUAAGCAGAUUGAUAGCCUGUGCUGUGAAAUAGAUGCAUAUGGUGACUUCCUCCAGGCCCUGGGACCUGGUGCCACUCAAGAUUACACAAAAAACACAAGUAAUGUCACAAAAGAGGAUUCACAGUUAGGAGAAGUAAGGCAGAAGCUAUAUUCCCUUCUUAAAGGAACUGCCCUCAAUGUUAUAGUAUUAAACAAUUCCAAAUUCUAUCAUAUAGGGACUACACAAGAGUAUUUGUUUCAUUUUACAUCUGAUGAUAGCGAACUGAAGUCUGAGCUUGGCUUACUGCCUGUAGCUUUUAGCAUCUUCCCUGGCAAAGCUGAGGCCCUGGCUCGCUCGGCGAGUGUCAUGCAAAGCAUACUUGAGCCGGGGUGUCUUAUCGGGCCUGCAACCGUUAUCGAGUACUCCAGAAUUGGACCCCAAGUGUCAGUAGGGAGUAACAGCAUUAUUAGUGGGUCACACAUAAAUUUUAAGGUCGAGAUACCCUCAGACUGUUUUCUGAGUUCGCUAAGUAUAAAGAUCAACGAUGAAGUGAAGUAUGUUAGUAUAGUGUUUAGUGUACAGGACAACUUGAAAAAGAACGUGAAAUUGCUGUCAGAUGUACCUUCUCUGCAGUUUUUUGGAGUCAGCUUAUCAGAGUGCCUGGAUCUCUGGGAUUUGCAGGUUUCAGACCAGCUCUUCUCCUGUGAUAACACCAAUUUGGGRUUGUGGACUGCGAGGAUUUUUCCUGUUUGCUCUACUUUAAGCGAAUCGGUUAGAAUGUCAUUAGAACUAUUAAACUCUGUGCAGCACAGGUCAGCUUUCAAACUGAGCGGCUUUAAGCUCUUAUCUGUUGAAGAAAUGCUUACCCAGAAAGAUGUAGAAGACAUGUUGAAGUUUAGGAAGCAAAUUUAUGAAGAAAUCUGUUUACAGAGACAAAAAGAGAAAUCUGAUCUGUAGAAGACUGGUAUUUGUCCACUUUUCCUGUCUUUAAUUUCGAGGUGACUGAUCCUUUCAAGGGGUUGAAAUCACAGCGGCAGCACACAGGGCUUCCUUGGUUUCACCUAAGCAGGAAAAAAGGAAAUUGCAUGAGCAGCAUUGUGGUAGCAUAACAUGAAUUACACGGGAAAUACAGAUACACUAUGCUUUUGAAUAAGGA